AUGAUUACCCACCAUGGCAUCGAUGUCGAGGCGCUACCAUACACUGCUCCUCCUGGAGAGGAAGGUUUUGAUAUGAGUCAUGCAGGUGGGGAACAUGAAGUGUUCGAAGGGCUGGCACAUCAGGUGGCCGACAUUGGUGGAUAUCGCUACAUAGAUCCUCGCACUUGCCGAGACCGCACAGAAGACCAGACUUCUCAUUGGAAUCUCCAGAUCAAACACCUUGUGGAUGCCUAUCUUGACUACCGCGCUCGAAAUUCUGGCAAUGGCAUACCAAACCCACAAGACUUGCCCACAGUCCCACCUUUGGACAUAGAUACGACGGACUGCCCUUCACUCAACAACAUCGAGCUCAUUGACAUUUUCAGGCGGUGCCGUUCCUCUCUCCAGCCGAUAGCAUCGCACAGGUUCCCUAACGAGACACUUAUCUAUCAU